AUGCCAUGUCUCCCACUCUGUCUCCCACUCUGUCUCCCACUCUGUCUCCCACUCUGUCUCCCACUCUGUCUCCCACUCUGUCUCCCACUCUGUCUCCCACUCUGUCUCCCACUCUGUCUCCCCACUCUGUCUCCCACUCUGUCUCCCACUCUGUCUCCCACUCUGUCUCCCACUCUGUCUCCCACUCUGUCUCCCACUCUGUCUCCCACUCUGUCUCCCACUCUGUCUCCCACUCUGUCUCCCACUCUGUCUCCCACUCUGUCUCCCACUCUGUCUCCCACUCUGUCUCCCACUCUGUCUCCCACUCUGUCUCCCACUCUGUCUCCCACUCUGUCUCCCACUCUGUCUCCCACUCUGUCUCCCACUCUGUCUCCCACUCUGUCUCCCACUCUGUCUCCCACUCUGUCUCCCACUCUGUCUCCCACUCUGUCUCCCACUCUGUCUCCCACUCUGUCUCCCACUCUGUCUCCCACUCUGUCUCCCACUCUGUCUCCCACUCUGUCUCCCACUCUGUCUCCCACUCUGUCUCCCACUCUGUCUCCCACUCUGUCUCCCACUCUGUCCCUCCCACUCUGUCGCCCACUCUGCUCCCCUCUGUCUCCCACUCUGUCUCCCACUCUGUCUCCCACUCUGUCUCCCACUCUGUCUCCCAACUCUGUCUCCCACUCUGUCUCCCAAUCCUGUCUCCCACUCUGUCUCCCACUCUGUCUCCCACUCUGUCUCCCACUCUGUCUCCCACUCUGUCUCCCACUCUGUCUCCCACUCUGUCUCCCACUCUGCUCCACGCUGGUCUCCCACUCUGUCUCCCACUCUGUCUCCCACUCUGUCUCCCACUUCUGUCUCCCACUCUGUCUCCCACUCUGUCUCCCACUCUGUCUCCCACUCUGUCUCCCACUCUGUCUCCCACUCUGUCUCCCACUCUGUCUCCCACUCUGUCUCCCACUCUGUCUCCCACUCUGUCUCCCACUCUGUCUCCCACUCUGUCCUCCCACUCUGUCUCCCACUCUGUCCUCCCACUCUGUCUCCCACUCUGUCUCCCACUCUGUCUCCCACUCUGUCUCCCACUCUGUCUCCCACUCUGUCUCCCACUCUGUCUCCCACUCUGUCUCCCACUCUGUCUCCCACUCUGUCUCCCACUCUGUCUCCCACUCUGUCUCCCACUCUGUCUCCCACUCUGUCUCCCACUCUGUCUCCCACUCUGUCUCCCACUCUGUCUCCCACUCUGUCUCCCACUCUGUCUCCCACUCUGUCUCCCACUCUGUCUCCCACUCUGUCUCCCACUCUGUCUCCCACUCUGUCUCCCACUCUGUCUCCCACUCUGUCUCCCACUCUGUCUCCCACUCUGUCUCCCACUCUGUCUCCCACUCUGUCUCCCACUCUGUCUCCCACUCUGUCUCCCACUCUGUCUCCCACUCUGUCUCCCACUCUGUCUCCCACUCUGUCUCCCACUCUGUCUCCCACUCUGUCUCCCACUCUGUCUCCCACUCUGUCUCCCACUCUGUCUCCCACUCUGUCUCCCACUCUGUCUCCCACUCUGUCUCCCACUCUGUCUCCCACUCUGUCUCCCACUCUGUCUCCCACUCUGUCUCCCACUCUGUCUCCCACUCUGUCUCCCACUCUGUCUCCCACUCUGUCUCCCACUCUGUCUCCCACUCUGUCUCCCACUCUGUCUCCCACUCUGUCUCCCACUCUGUCUCCCACUCUGUCUCCCACUUCUGUCUCCCACUCUGUCUCCCACUCUGUCUCCCACUCUGUCUCCCACUCUGUCUCCCACUCUGUCUCCCACUCUGUCUCCCACUCUGUCUCCCACUCUGUCUCCCACUCUGUCUCCCACUCUGUCUCCCACUCUGUCUCCCACUCUGUCUCCCACUCUGUCUCCCACUCUGUCUCCCACUCUGUCUCCCACUCUGUCUCCCACUCGUCUCCCACUCUGUCUCCCACUCUGUCUCCCACUCUGUCUCCCACUUCUGUCUCCCACUCUGUCUCCCACUCUGUCUCCCACUCUGUCUCCCACUCUGUCUCCCACUCUGUCUCCCACUCUGUCUCCACUCUGUCUCCCACUCUGUCUCCCACUCUGUCUCCCACUCUGUCUCCCACUCUGUCUCCCACUCUGUCUCCCACUCUGUCUCCCACUCUGUCUCCCACUCUGUCUCCCACUCUGUCUCCCACUCUGUCUCCCACUCUGUCUCCCACUCUGUCUCCCACUCUGUCUCCCACUCUGUCUCCCACUCUGUCUCCCACUCUGUCUCCCACUCUGUCUCCCACUCUGUCUCCCACUCUGUCUCCCACUCUGUCUCCCACUCUGUCUCCACUCUGUCUCCCACUCUGUCUCCCACUCUGUCUCCCACUCUGUCUCCCACUCUGUCUCCCACUCUGUCUCCCACUCUGUCUCCCACUCUGUCUCCCACUCUGUCUCCCACUCUGUCUCCCACUCUGUCUCCCACUCUGUCUCCCACUCUGUCUCCCACUCUGUCUCCCACUCUGUCUCCCACUCUGUCUCCCACUCUGUCUCCCACUCUGUCUCCCACUCUGUCUCCCACUCUGUCUCCCACUCUGUCUCCCACUCUGUCUCCCACUCUGUCUCCCACUCUGUCUCCCACUCUGUCUCCCACUCUGUCUCCCACUCUGUCUCCCACUCUGUCUCCCACUCUGUCUCCCACUCUGUCUCCCACUCUGUCUCCCACUCUGUCUCCCACUCUGUCUCCCACUCUGUCUCCCACUCUGUCUCCCACUCUGUCUCCCACUCUGUCUCCCACUCUGUCUCCCACUCUGUCUCCCACUCUGUCUCCCACUCUGUCUCCCACUCUGUCUCCCACUCUGUCUCCCACUCUGUCUCCCACUCUGUCUCCCACUCUGUCUCCCACUCUGUCUCCCACUCUGUCUCCCACUCUGUCUCCCACUCUGUCUCCCACUCUGUCUCCCACUCUGUCUCCCACUCUGUCUCCCACUCUGUCUCCCACUCUGUCUCCCACUCUGUCUCCCACUCUGUCUCCCACUCUGUCUCCCACUCUGUCUCCCACUCUGUCUCCCACUCUGUCUCCCACUCUGUCUCCCACUCUGUCUCCCACUCUGUCUCCCACUCUGUCUCCCACUCUGUCUCCCACUCUGUCUCCCACUCUGUCUCCCACUCUGUCUCCCACUCUGUCUCCCACUCUGUCUCCCACUCUGUCUCCCACUCUGUCUCCCACUCUGUCUCCCACUCUGUCUCCCACUCUGUCUCCCACUCUGUCUCCCACUCUGUCUCCCACUCUGUCUCCCACUCUGUCUCCCACUCUGUCUCCCACUCUGUCUCCCACUCUGUCUCCCACUCUGUCUCCCACUCUGUCUCCCACUCUGUCUCCCACUCUGUCUCCCACUCUGUCUCCCACUCUGUCUCCCACUCUGUCUCCCACUCUGUCUCCCACUCUGUCUCCCACUCUGUCUCCCACUCUGUCUCCCACUCUGUCUCCCACUCUGUCUCCCACUCUGUCUCCCACUCUGUCUCCCACUCUGUCUCCCACUCUGUCUCCCACUCUGUCUCCCACUCUGUCUCCCACUCUGUCUCCCACUCUGUCUCCCACUCUGUCUCCCACUCUGUCUCCCACUCUGUCCUCCCACUCUGUCUCCCACUCUGUCUCCCACUCUGUCUCCCACUCUGUCUCCCACUCUGUCUCCCACUCUGUCUCCCACUCUGUCUCCCACUCUGUCUCCCACUCUGUCUCCCACUCUGUCUCCCACUCUGUCUCCCACUCUGUCUCCCACUCUGUCUCCCACUCUGUCUCCCACUCUGUCUCCCACUCUGUCUCCCACUCUGUCUCCCACUCUGUCUCCCACUCUGUCUCCCACUCUGUCUCCACUCUGUCUCCCACUCUGUCUCCCACUCUGUCUCCCACUCUGUCUCCCACUCUGUCUCCCACUCUGUCUCCCACUCUGUCUCCCACUCUGUCUCCCACUCUGUCUCCCACUCUGUCUCCCACUCUGUCUCCCACUCUGUCUCCCACUCUGUCUCCCACUCUGUCUCCCACUCUGUCUCCCACUCUGUCUCCCACUCUGUCUCCCACUCUGUCUCCCACUCUGUCUCCCACUCUGUCUCCCACUCUGUCUCCCACUCUGUCUCCCACUCUGUCUCCCACUCUGUCUCCCACUCUGUCUCCACUCUGUCUCCCACUCUGUCUCCCACUCUGUCUCCCACUCUGUCUCCCACUCUGUCUCCCACUCUGUCUCCCACUCUGUCUCCCACUCUGUCUCCCACUCUGUCUCCCACUCUGUCUCCCACUCUGGUCUCCCACUCUGUCUCCCACUCUGUCUCCCACUCUGUCUCCCACUCUGUCUCCCACUCUGUCUCCCACUCUGUCUCCCACUCUGUCUCCCACUCUGUCUACCACUCUGUCUCCCACUCUGUCUCCCACUCUGUCUCCCACUCUGUCUCCCACUCUGUCUCCCACUCUGUCUCCCACUCUGUCUCCCACUCUGUCUCCCACUCUGUCUCCCACUCUGUCUCCCACUCUGUCUCCACUCUGUCUCCCACUCUGUCUCCCACUCUGUCUCCCACUCUGUCUCCCACUCUGUCCUGCCCACUCUGUCUCCCACUCUGUCUCCCACUCUGUCUCCCACUGUCUCCCUGUCCUCCCACUCUGUCUCCCACUCUGUCUCCCACUCUGUCUCCCACUCUGUCUCCCACUCUGUCUCCCACUCUGUCUCCCACUCUGUCUCCCACUCUGUCUCCCACUCUGUCUCCCACUCUGUCUCCCACUCUGUCUCCCACUCUGUCUCCCACUCUGUCUCCCACUCUGUCUCCCACUCUGUCUCCCACUCUGUCUCCCACUCUGUCUCCCACUCUGUCUCCCACUCUGUCUCCCACUCUGUCUCCCACUCUGUCUCCCACUCUGUCUCCCACUCUGUCUCCCACUCUGUCUCCCACUCUGUCUCCCACUCUGUCUCCCACUCUGUCUCCCACUCUGUCUCCCACUCUGUCUCCCACUCUGUCUCCCACUCUGUCUCCCACUCUGUCUCCCACUCUGUCUCCCACUCUGUCUCCCACUCUGUCUCCCACUCUGUCUCCCACUCUGUCUCCCACUCUGUCUCCCACUCUGUCUCCCACUCUGUCUCCCACUCUGUCUCCCACUCUGUCUCCCACUCUGUCUCCCACUCUGUCUCCCACUCUGUCUCCCACUCUGUCUCCCACUCUGUCUCCCACUCUGUCUCCCACUCUGUCUCCCACUCUGUCUCCCACUCUGUCUCCCACUCUGUCUCCCACUCUGUCUCCCACUCUGUCUCCCACUCUGUCUCCCACUCUGUCUCCCACUCUGUCUCCCACUCUGUCUCCCACUCUGUCUCCCACUCUGUCUCCCACUCUGUCUCCCACUCUGUCUCCCACUCUGUCUCCCACUCUGUCUCCCACUCUGUCUCCCACUCUGUCUCCCACUCUGUCUCCCACUCUGUCUCCCACUCUGUCUCCCACUCUGUCUCCCACUCUGUCUCCCACUCUGUCUCCCACUCUGUCUCCCACUCUGUCUCCCACUCUGUCCUCCCACUCUGUCUCCCACUCUGUCUCCCACUCUGUCUCCCACUCUGUCUCCCACUCUGUCUCCCACUCUGUCUCCCACUCUGUCUCCCACUCUGUCUCCCACUCUGUCUCCCACUCUGUCUCCCACUCUGUCUCCCACUCUGUCUCCCACUCUGUCUCCCACUCUGUCUCCCACUCUGUCUCCCACUCUGUCUCCCACUCUGUCUCCCACUCUGUCUCCCACUCUGUCUCCCACUCUGUCUCCCACUCUGUCUCCCACUCUGUCUCCCACUCUGUCUCCCACUCUGUCUCCCACUCUGUCUCCCACUCUGUCUCCCACUCUGUCUCCCACUCUGUCUCCCACUCUGUCUCCCACUCUGUCUCCCACUCUGUCUCCCACUCUGUCUCCCACUCUGUCUCCCACUCUGUCUCCCACUCUGUCUCCCACUCUGUCUCCCACUCUGUCUCCCACUCUGUCUCCCACUCUGUCUCCCACUCUGUCUCCCACUCUGUCUCCCACUCUGUCUCCCACUCUGUCUCCCACUCUGUCUCCCACUCUGUCUCCCACUCUGUCUCCCACUCUGUCUCCCACUCUGUCUCCCACUCUGUCUCCCACUCUGUCUCCCACUCUGUCUCCCACUCUGUCUCCCACUCUGUCUCCCACUCUGUCUCCCACUCUGUCUCCCACUCUGUCUCCCACUCUGUCUCCCACUCUGUCUCCCACUCUGUCUCCCCACUCUGUCUCCCACUCUGUCUCCCACUCUGUCUCCCACUCUGUCUCCCACUCUGUCUCCCACUCUGUCUCCCACUCUGUCUCCCACUCUGUCUCCCACUCUGUCUCCCACUCUGUCUCCCACUCUGUCUCCCACUCUGUCUCCCACUCUGUCUCCCACUCUGUCUCCCACUCUGUCUCCCACUCUGUCUCCCACUCUGUCUCCCACUCUGUCUCCCACUCUGUCUCCCACUCUGUCUCCCACUCUGUCUCCCACUCUGUCUCCCACUCUGUCUCCCACUCUGUCUCCCACUCUGUCUCCCACUCUGUCUCCCACUCUGUCUCCCACUCUGUCUCCCACUCUGUCUCCCACUCUGUCUCCCACUCUGUCUCCCACUCUGUCUCCCACUCUGUCUCCCACUCUGUCUCCCACUCUGUCUCCCACUCUGUCUCCCACUCUGUCUCCCACUCUGGUCUCCCACUCUGUCUCCCACUCGUCUCCCACUCUGUCUCCCACUCUGUCUCCCACUCUGUCUCCCACUCUGUCUCCCACUCUGUCUCCCACUCUGUCUCCCACUCUGUCCUCCCACUCUGUCUCCCACUCUGUCUCCCACUCUGUCUCCCACUCUGUCUCCCACUCUGUCUCCCACUCUGUCUCCCACUCUGUCUCCCACUCUGUCUCCCACUCUGUCUCCCACUCUGUCUCCCACUCUGUCUCCCACUCUGUCUCCCACUCUGUCUCCCACUCUGUCUCCCACUCUGUCUCCCACUCUGUCUCCCACUCUGUCUCCCUCGUCUCCCACUCUGUCUCCCACUCUGUCUCCCACUCUGUCUCCCACUCUGUCUCCCACUCUGUCUCCCACCUCUGUCUCCCCACUCUGUCUCCCACUCUGUCUCCCACUCUGUCUCCCACUCUGUCUCCCACUCUGUCUUCCCCACUCUGUCUCCCACUCUGUCUCCCACUCUGUCUCCCACUCUGUCUCCCACUCUGUCUCCCACUCUGUCUCCCACUCUGUCUCCCACUCUGUCUCCCACUCUGUCUCCCACUCUGUCUCCCACUCUGUCUCCCACUCUGUCUCCCACUCUGUCUCCCACUCUGUCUCCCACUCUGUCUCCCACUCUGUCUCCCACUCUGUCUCCCACUCUGUCUCCCACUCUGUCUCCCACUCUGUCUCCCACUCUGUCUCCCACUCUGUCUCCCACUCUGUCUCCCACUCUGUCUCCCACUCUGUCUCCCACUCUGUCUCCCACUCUGUCUCCCACUCUGUCUCCCACUCUGUCUCCCACUCUGUCUCCCACUCUGUCUCCCACUCUGUCUCCCACUCUGUCUCCCACUCUGUCUCCCACUCUGUCUCCCACUCUGUCUCCCACUCUGUCUCCCACUCUGUCUCCCACUCUGUCUCCCACUCUGUCUCCCACUCUGUCUCCCACUCUGUCUCCCACUCUGUCUCCCACUCUGUCUCCCACUCUGUCUCCCACUCUGUCCUCCCACUCUGUCUCCCACUCCUGUCUCCCACUCUGUCUCCCACUCUGUCUCCCACUCUGUCUCCCACUCUGUCUCCCACUCUGUCUCCCACUCUGUCUCCCACUCUGUCUCCCACUCUGUCUCCCACUCUGUCUCCCACUCUGUCUCCCACUCUGUCUCCCACUCUGUCUCCCACUCUGUCUCCCCACUCUGUCUCCCACUCUGUCUCCCACUCUGUCUCCCACGCUGUCUCCCACUCUGUCCUCCCACUCUGUCUCCCACUCUGUCUCCCACUCUGUCUCCCACUCUGUCUCCCACUCUGUCUCCCACCCACUCUGUCUCCCCACUCUGGUCUCCCACUCUGUCUCCCACUCUGUCUCCCACUCUGUCUCCACUCUGUCUCCCACUUCUGUCUCCCACUCUGUCUCCCACUCUGUCUCCCACUCUGUCUCCCACUCUGUCUCCCACUCUGUCUCCCACUCUGUCUCCCACUCUGUCUCCCACUCUGUCUCCCACUCUGUCUCCCACUCUGUCCUCCCCACUCUGUCCUCCCACUCUGUCUCCCACUCUGUCUCCCACUCUGUCUCCCACUCUGUCUCCCACUCUGUCUCCCACUCUGUCUCCCACUCUGUCUCCCACUCUGUCUCCCACUCUGUCUCCCACUCGGUCUCCCCACUCUGUCUCCCACUCUGUCUCCCACUCUGUCUCCCACUCUGUCUCCCACUCUGUCUCCCACUCUCUCCCACUCUGUCUCCCACUCUGUCUCCCACUCUGUCUCCCACUCUGUCUCCCACUCUGUCUCCCACUCUGUCUCCCACUCUGUCUCCCACUCUGUCCCACAUCUGUCUCCCACUCUGUCUCCCACUCUGUCUCCCACUCUGUCUCCCAACUCUGUCUCCCACUCUGUCUCCCACUCUGUCUCCCCACUCUGGUCUCCCACUCUGUCUCCCACUCUGUCUCCACUCUGUCUCCCACUCUGUCUCCCACUCUGUCUCCCACUCCUGUCUCCCACUCUGUCUCCCACUCUGUCUCCCACUCUGUCUCCCACUCUGUCUCCCACUCUGUCUCCCACUCUGUCUCCCACUCUGUCUCCCACUCUGUCUCCCACUCUGUCUCCCACUCUGUCUCCCACUCUGUCUCCCACUCUGUCUCCCACUCUGUCUCCCGCGAUUGACGUGCUGA